AAUCAAAUCAAAUUAUGUCAUGUAAUUAAUUUAUUAAAUAUGGUUUGGAUACCGGUUUGAAAAUAGAUAUUUUCUUAAUUUUUACACAAAUAUCUAACAGAAAAUUAGAUUUUCUGUGAGUCGUGUUAUAUAGGCAUGCUUCUUCAAACCAUCUCCCAGGAUCGGACGUUUCGUAAUCUUGCACAAUAAGAAACAAACUAAAUACUACACAAUUAAGCUUUCCCUUAAUUAAAAAUAUAUAAAUAAAUAAAAAUAAGAAAUAAAACUAAACUAUUAUAUAAUAAGUUUUUGCAGCAUGGGUACUAGCAGAGUCGUUACUAGUCUUUACUCUUUAGAAUUCCAGUCAUGGAGGUUUUCAACAAAUCCAAGGCCGUGAAGCUCCGAAGCCACCAAGACAAGUACCUGUGCGCCGACGAUGACCAAAAGACGGUACGCCAGAGGCGCAACGGCUCGUCGCGCAGAGCCGCAUGGUUCGUAGAGUUCGUCGAAGGGAAAAGCCACGCGAUACGCUUGAGAAGCUGCCACGGAAAGUACCUCACCGCCGCGGACGGGGGAUUUCUUCUGGGCAUGACGGGGCAGAGGGUGAUUCAGACCGUGCCGGCGAAAGGCCACUACUGGAAGUGCGAGUGGGUGCCGAUAAGGGACGGGUUCCAGGUGAAGCUGAGGAGCUGGUCCGGCAAAUACCUCCGCGCCAACGGAGGGACUCCGCCGUGGAGGAACUCGGUCACGCACGACGACCCGCACACCACGUCCACGCAGAACUGGACCCUCUGGGAUGUGCAGGCGGUGGAGGUCGACUCGAUUAUGGAGUUCAUGUCGUAUCUGUCGAGCUCAUCUUCUGUGUCUGAUGAAGUUUUGGAGUCGAAACCGGAGUCUCCCUUGUCGGUUUUCUCCACUACCUCAGUUUUGGGGUCGGCACCGGAGUCCCCCAUGUCGGUUUUCUCCACUACCUCCCCGACGCCGUUUUAUUCAACACAGAGUGAGUAUUCCAACAUAUUCCGGUCUGGAAUGGAGCUCUUCCACAACGCCAAGGCGGUGCGCCUUCGUAGCCACCACGACAAGUACCUCCAGGCCGAGGAGGACGAGGAGUCCGUGACCCAAGAUCGAUAUGGAGCGUCCAAGACCGCCCGCUGGACUGUCGAGUUUGUGCCGGAUUCACAGCACAUCAUCCGCCUUAAGAGCUGCUACAACAGGUACCUCACCGCCUCCAACCAACCCUUCUUGCUCGGAAUGACUGGUUGCAAGGUGGUCCAGUCUCUGCCCCGGAGGCCCGACUCCUCCGUCGAGUGGGAGCCCAUCAGAGAAGGGAACCAGGUCAGGCUCAAGACCCGGUACGGAAACUUCUUGAGGGCCAAUGGCGGCGUGCCACCUUGGCGGAACUCCGUGACCCAUGAUAUUCCUCACAGGACGUCCACCCAAGAUUGGAUACUUUGGGAUGUUGAUAUCGUCGAGAUUCAGGUUCAGUCUCCAUCUUUUAAAUCUCAUCCUCCGCUGCCACUUCCACAUUCCGACUCUCUGUAUUUCGAUUCGAGAUCACCGUCUUCGGUUUCCAUCAAAUCCGGGAAAUUUUCGAGACAAGAGUCUACAGAUUCUAAUGCGAGUUCGCCACCCAAGUCGGAAGGGAGGACUAUAUAUUAUCAAGUGGCUGAUGAGAAUGGUGAUGUGGACGACGAAACAGUGGAGGGAUAUUCUUUUACUUUUAAGGGGAAUGGCAUUGAUGAAUUGACUCAUAAAUUCGAGGAAGAGACGGGAUUAGAGGGUAUCAUCCUGUGUCAUCGCAAUCCCUUGAAUGGAAAACUUUAUCCCCUUCGCUUGCAGCUUCCUCCAAACAACACGACUAUGAAUGUCAUAGUCGUUCUGUCUUCAUCGAAAGCGGCAAAGGACUUUGCAACACAAGGUAUAUAAUAAGGAGGAUCACGUGGAACAUCACAAUUUUGCUAAAAAUAUCAACAAACAACUGUUGUGUACUUUGUAUGGGAGGCAUGUUCGUGUUGGAAUGCCCACCUCAAAGGCAUCAUGAAAUUAACCCUAUCAGGUAGCCUAUAUUACCUGUUGUGUUUAUACAGAAUGCAAACGAAUGGAGAGAACUAAAAGCAAAUGUCGAUAUUUUCUCCAUCAAAUAAUGUCUCUAUUUGGUUAUUCUUGGAAGCAAUGCUGAUUAUACUUGUCUUAUAUGUAGAACUUCUGCACACUUUCUGCGUUUUGUAUUCUGCUUCCAUUUUGUUUUCAAUAAUGUCGUCGUGAUAGAAGUUCUAAAUAGAAGAUAUAUGAGUUGGAGA